AUGGGAAUAUAUGAAGGUUUAGAGGGGAAACUGAGUUCAAUUUACUGGCCUGGUAGUGAGCAAACUAUUCCAAAAGGAUGGACUUUAGCCGAAAACAUUUUAACACAAAAGCAUUUGCUGAAUGAAAAGGCGAAUUGCUAUGCUUGUGUAGAAUUUUCGCAGCCCUAUAUCAAAUCGCAACUGGUAAUGGUGGUAGCAGUAAAACCAGGUGUGAAAGAUAAAGGAUUCUUCAUUAUAGAUGUCUUCAAGAAAGAAAUGUGGAUUCAGAUCACAACCAUGAGCAUUUCCUCGGCAGUUGCCAUAUGGUUAACUGAAUGUGCAAACAAACAACCCUGA